UUCAGGAUAGUCGACGCGUUCCGACGUCUGGGUUUGUUGUAACACAGAACCAAGUUUCUCCACAACCCUCAUUAACGGAAACUAACGCGGAGAAAUUCAUGCUUGCUGAAUCUAAUUGAUUCGACAAAGACGUCAAUUGAUUUCUCUUGAAUGAUGGAGUACCAGGCACGUCCCUUUGACAUGGAGACCGUGUUCGUCAAAGCAAAAAAACAGCGAACGAAGAAGUUUCGCGGUAUGGAUCUGCCGCUCUACACGGUCAUCUGGCCAAUGAUUUACGCGGUGCGAAUGUUCGGGUUUGCUCCUUACGACUUUAUGCAAGACCGUCUGAUGCCAUCGAAUGUCUAUCUGAUCUUUACGAUAAUCUUCGUCACAUUGAACAGCUAUAUAAUGUACACAGUGAUCGAAAACAUUAUGGGUGUCAAUCAGAAUGAUCCAAUUCUCGGAGGAACGGAGAACUCGAAGGUGAUUUUUAACAACGGCGUGCUGAUGUACGAGCUAGGUCUGGUCAUGUUAACGAGGCGUAAAUUCGUCAGCACCUGGAACGCGCUGCAAGAUUACGACGAGAGCGUCAGACAACUCGGCUAUCCUCGAAAGGAGACGAGAACCGCGAUCGUCGCGUGGAUGCUCGCGAUCGUCAUCACGAUCAUUUGGGUCGUCGUCAAUCGGUCCGGAAUGUACGCCUUCUUUGAAACAUGGAGCUACAAUAUGGGAUACUUGUUGCCGUACGUCGGCACCUCGAUCGCACUCUACAAAUUUGUGGGGAUGGCGUUUUUUCUAGGCCAGCGGUUUCAUCAUCUUAACACGAUUGCGAUGAAAACUCUGCCGCCGGCGUCGACGAAGAGUAAAAGCGCUACCACUCUCAGUAGAAAGACCAUACUGAGUCUGCACAACGAUCUGAUGAUCGCGGCGGAAAACUUUGAAUCGCUGUAUUCGUGGUCGCUGCUUCUUUGGCUUGCUAAUCUCUGUCUUCACGCCGUCAGUAACAUAUACUUCAUCAUUACGUGGCUACUUAUACAAUCGUGGAAAGACAUUUUUUUGCCGCUGAUCUACUGCUUAGGAACCUGGUUGGUAUCGUUUAUUUAUCAGCUUCUCUUACUCAGCGCCGCCUGCGACUACGCCUCUUCUCAGGCUAAUUGUAUGGCGCCGAUUCUUAUCGAAUGGCAAGUCAGACUGAUGAAAAAGAAUGAGGAACAUACCGAGUCGUUGUUGCAAUUUCUAAAUCGAAGGCUCAACUUCUCCGCCGGCGGUUGCUUUUACGUGAACUUGCCCUUAUUACGUUCGAUUGCUUCUUUGACGACCACAUAUCUGGUAAUACUACUGCAAUUUCAUGGAGGAGACAAUUGAAUUGGACAAAGAAAUUGUAAGAUCGAGAAGUAAUAGACAUAAAAUAUUGAAUCUCUGUAUAGCAAAAAAAUAGUUUGCAAUAUUUAUUUACGCUAUUUUGUAAUUAAUAUUGAACUAAAUAUGACAUUUUCUUGGAUGCGCAUUACAAAACAAAGUUUAUA